CACAUUGACAAUUGACAUCAUGAUUGACGCUAAUGAAGUAACAUCAAGUCCAUGUACAAUGUCAAUUAGAUUUUAAAGUUCAUAAAAAAUUGGGCACAAUUAUUGUUAUUUUUGAAGUAAAUUUGUCAUUGUUGUGUUUAAUUUUUAUUGCAAAAAUGUCGGCGUCACUAGAUAGCACUUUAGAUCCUAUGGAAGAAAUCCGAUUCAGGAAGAAACAUAGCGCUGUUUGGGCAGAGAUAUUAAAGGACACGCAUUUCACAUUUGAUGAACUAGAACAAAUUAUGAUGAUAUUUUACAAAAUACAAAAAAGAGAUGACAGGUGUCCUGGGACUGAUCUCAUAACACGGAGUCACUUCAGGGAUGUUCUGCACAACGGCUUAGGGAUGACAGACGCUUAUAUGAUGGAGCGCGUGAUGGUAGCUUUGGAUCGUGGUACGUCACCCCAUGUAACAAUGGCUACAUUCGUCAAAGCCAUGUCUCUGUAUCUUCGAGGCGACCUGGAAGAACGCAUCCAAUAUGCUUUCACUUGCUACGACCUUCUGGGUGAAGGCUAUCUCAGGCGGGAGACUAUGUACCAGCUGAUGAAAAAAAGUUUAGCCAAGGCUUCUAGAGAUGAUGACGUAGAAGAAGCCGUCAAGGAACUUGUGGAUAUUAUGUUGAAGAGAAUGGACCCAGACUUGGAUGGAAUUAUAAACUAUCAAGACUUCCAUGACACUGUGGUGAAGACUCCAUCGUUACUGGAGAGCCUCGGCUAUUGUCUUCCAGAGAGACCAGCCGUUUUUACUUUUAUAGCGACCUGGUGUCCACGAUGGGGCAAAAUGUAAAAUAAA